AACCUCGUCUCCUUCCCAUGAGGGGAUUUCUUUCACAAACCGAAGAAACUUGAUUUCUUCAUGUCAUGUCAUGCAAAGCAAAGCUAAGCUAAGCUCUCUCUCUCUCUCUCUCUCUCUCAUCAUCUCAUGUCUCAAUUCUCAACCCGACCCUUUAACCAAACACCCCACCCACCCUCUUCUCACAUUCAACUUCACCCCCUACGACAUUUGUCGAUCCUGUUUUGGCCAGCUCACAAGUUACAACCACAACUCCCCAUCUAACGAAAUCCUUCCCUAUUCUACUAUCCUCUCUCUAUCUCUCUCUUCCUUUUCACAUUUUACUCAUCGGAUUUCUUGGAGUAAGCCUCGGUGAUGGAGGCGUGUUCUAUCGAGAAUCGUGAUUUAUAUCAAUAGGUUCUGUAGAAUCUCUCUGAGAAUUAUUGCUCCCUAAGAUUUUUCUAGAUUAUGGGUAGUAUGUAAAUAGAAACUAUUUUUUUUUUUUUUUUUUUGGGAGGAAACCCAGAAGUUCAGUUUACCGUUUACCUUCUUUGUUCACCUAUUUUUCACCUCUGUCCUCCCCAGAUUUAUGAUAAGGUGUUGGUGGGUUACUUUUCUGAGAGAUCUGGGGAGGUGUUCUUCUUCGUUUUCUGUUUAUUCUUUCUGAGAUAUGGAGAACGCUGAUGGAAGAGAUGUUGUUGUCAUGUUUAGCGACGAAGAGUUGGAUGAGAUAAGUGGGUUGAAGAGAGGAGGUGAUUAUAUUGAGGUAACUUGUGGAUGUACGAGUCAUAGGUAUGGGGAUGCCGUAGGGAGGCUUAGGGUUUUCGUUGGAGGCGAUCUCGAGAUCAGCUGUGAAUGCAUUCCGGGUUGUCAAGAAGAUAAGUUGACCCCAGCUGCUUUUGAGAAACACUCUGGACGAGAGACUGCUAGAAAAUGGAAGAGCAAUGUGUGGGUCAUCGUCAAGGGGGAAAAGGUCCCCCUGUCAAAGACAGUGCUGCUAAAAUAUCACAACCAAGCAUCAAAAGUUGCAAAGAGUUCUCACAAGUCUCACAAUGGAAGACCUUGUCAUCGGGAUGAGUUUGUUCGCUGUUCAAGGUGUAAUAAAGAGCGCAGGUUUCGGCUCCGGACAAAAGAGGAAUGCCGGAUUCACCAUGAUGCUUUGGCUGAUCUUAACUGGAAAUGUGCUGACCUGCCAUAUGACAAAAUAACCUGUGAUGAUGAGGAAGAGCGUGCAAGCCGUAAGGUGUACAGGGGUUGCUCUCGUUCUCCUACUUGCAAGGGGUGCACCUCUUGCGUGUGCUUUGGCUGUGACAUCUGUCGAUUCUCUGAUUGCAACUGUCAGACCUGCAUUGAUUUCACUCGGAAUGCUGAAACUUAGUUUCCUAACCCACCUGUGUUAAGCAAGGGUAUUCCUUGUUUUUGGUGGGGCACUUCACUUUUUUUUGCCCUCAUGAGGACCCCCCACCCCUCAUUAUAGAGAACUUCAGCUUUCCUAUGUCUACUUGAAGUCCCAAUCAGAGGGUUCAGUUUUUGUUGUUCCCAACAGCUGCUUUUGAACUUGCAGUUUCAUUAAUUAUUCUACCACUAGAAAUCUAUUGUUGGUAACUUGAUGAUAUUCCCUAUUCUUUUGAAGGAAGACAUCAUAGAGGAAAA